AUGCGAAAAAAAACAAAAUCGAAAUUGAUUAUUCAAAGUGCAAUGAAUCAAACAGUUAACAGUAUUUCAAUAUCAGCUAUAUGCAAUAAUUGUCAAACAAGUUAUGGUUUUAGUUCAGCCGAUCAACGUUCUAUCAUUGUUAUGGUUGUUCUUACUGGUGUCGCAUUAGUUUUAUGUUAUGUAGGUGUACUAUGGUUUGCUAUUCGUACACGUUUUAUUCCCGAUGAAGAACCACUUAUUAUUCCAGAAAAUACGUAUAAAAAUCUGGCAUUUGAUGAAAAUGAGGAUAGAGAGGAAAAUUUACAGAUUGUAGUUAAUACAACACCAAUAACGACAGUAUCACAACCAGCUAUAUUGGCAUUGGAAAAUGAUCACGAGCGAUUUUGA